AUGUCGCUUAGCAGACCCAAAUUCUUCACUACCAAUAAGAGAGGUGAAAAUUAUGAACUCAAGUCAGAGCUCAACAGCGAAUACCGUCAUCACCGCAAAGAUGCAGUAAAGAAAGUGAUUGCCAACAUGACGGUCGGCAAAGAUGUGAGUGGUCUGUUUCCAGAUGUUCUCAAGAAUAUGCAAACAGAAGAUCUCGAGUUGAAAAAACUGGUGUACUUGUACUUGAUGAAUUAUGCAAAGACACAGCCUGAGCUGGUCAUCUUGGCCGUAAAUACAUUUGUCAAGGAUUCUGAUGAUCCAAACCCUUUGAUUCGUGCACUUGCUAUUAGAACCAUGGGUUGUUUACGAGUAGAUAAGAUUAUUGACUAUCUUACAGAGCCACUGCGUAAAUGCCUCAAGGAUGAGAAUCCAUAUGUUAGAAAGACAGCAGCUGUUUGUGUUGCCAAACUGUAUGAUCUCAACCCUGAAUUAGCCAUGGAGCAAGAUUUCGUCAACUCUGUCAAGGAGAUGGUCUCUGAUGUGAAUCCUAUGGUGGUUGCUAAUGCCGUGAUUGCAUUAACUGAUAUUAAUGAAGCAUCUCCUCAACACAACAUUUUCGAAAUCAAUAGCAACAUUUCCAACAAACUAUUACAUGCCCUUAAUGAAUGUACAGAAUGGGGACAAAUUGCUAUUUUGACAGCCAUUGCUGAUUACAAGGUGUCCAAUGGAAAAGAGGCUGAAAGUAUCUGUGAUCGAGUGAUGCCUAGAUUACAGCAUGCAAACGGCGCGGUUGUGUUGUCUGCCAUCAAGGUGUUGAUGAUCAAUAUGAGACACAUCAAGGAAGAAGCUUUUAUUAAAUCAAUGUGUAGAAAAAUGGCACCUCCUUUAGUUACGCUUCUCUCCAGUCCUCCCGAAGUUCAGUACAUUGCAUUGCGUAAUAUCAGUCUUAUUCUUCAAAAGAGGCCUGAAGUACUGAGCAAUGAAAUACGUGUGUUCUUCUGCAAGUACAAUGAUCCACCCUACGUUAAAAUGGAGAAGCUCGAAAUCAUGGUCAAAUUAUGUAACGACCGUAACGUGGAUCAAUUGCUAAGCGAAUUGAAAGAGUACGCAAAUGAAGUCGAUGUGGAAUUUGUUCGUAAAUCAGUGCAUGCUAUUGGUCGUUGUGCCAUCAAGAUUGAUGAAGCUGCUGAACGCUGUAUCAAUGUCUUGUUGGAUUUAAUCAACACUGGAGUCAGCUAUGUUGUUCAAGAGGCCAUCGUUGUCAUCAAAGAUAUCUUCCGCAAAUACCCUCACAAGUACGAAGGCAUCAUUCCUACGCUUUGUGAGAACUUGGAGGCAUUGGACGAGCCUGAGGCGAAGGGUUCUUUGAUUUGGAUUAUUGGUGAAUAUGCUGAAAGAAUCGAUAAUGCAGAUGACUUGAUCAACAUCUUUUUGGAAAACUUCAAGGAAGAGAACCCUCAAGUUCAACUACAAUUAUUAACUGCUACAGUCAAGCUCUUCUUGAAGAAACCAAAUGAGAACCAAGACCUCGUACAACGUAUCCUUCAAACAGCUACAACAGAGUGUGAUAACGCUGAUAUCCGUGAUAGAGCCUAUGUGUAUUGGAGACUACUAUCUACUGAUCCUCAAGCAGCCAAGGCUGUUGUUUUAUCUGAAAAACCACCUAUUGCUGGCGAGAAUGAAGGCAUUUCACCUGCUUUGCUCGAGACAUUAUUAUACGACAUUGGUACAUUGGCCUCUGUUUAUCACAAGCCUGCAGAGACAUUUAUUGCUGGUAAGAAGUUUGGUGCUGAUAAUGUCAGCAAGGCCAUGACAGAACAUGCGGAAGAAGACGACAUAAAUGCUCCUCCUCCUCAAAUACAAGCCGCUAUCAAGAACAACGAUAUUGGCAAUUUGCUUGAUUUGGAUUGGGAUGAGCCUUCCGCCGAGACACCCGUAUCGCCCAUUUUACAAAAUAAUGCACCCGGCAGUUCAUUCAAUGAUCUGCUAUCCCUUGGCGGUGGCGGUGGCGGUAGCAGUAGUAGCCAGGCAGCACCUGCUCCUGCUAGUAAUAACAUGGACGACAUCAUGAAUCUAUUCAACUCGCCCACUUCCCCUCCGCCUCAACAACAUCAACAGCAGCAAUACCAAUCACCUAUGAUGAAUGAUUUUACCAGUGAUCUUUUUGGUGACUCCACCCCUCAGCCCGCCCAACCUCCCACCACCACCGCUAGCAACAACAGCACCACACAGGCCGCCAAGGACCCUUUUGCUGAUUUAUUCUAA